UGUGUCUACUUUCGGUUUUCCGCCUUUUGUGAUGAUUAUGCAAGGUGUUUUUAUCGUUUGAAUAUUGCUCAUAAAUUCGUUACUUUAUCUUUAUGGAUGCUUUCGUUCAGCGGAAAAAACGUAAGAGGGACGAUAGUGAAAAAGACAGCGAAGAAAUAUACAAACUCGCUAAAUUAAACAAUUUGAAGUGGCGAAAGCUUUCGGGUGAGAAUUUGGAUUGUGAUUAUACUGUGUUGUAUAACAAGAAAGAGGCAGAUGAGCUGUUGAUCAAAUGUUCUGAACUUUUGGAAUACAAUACAGGCCAGUUAGCAAAGGUGAAAGUGUUUGGUAAAUGGCAUGAUAUUCCACGAAAACAGGUUGCAUAUGGAGAUGCUGGUUUAUCAUACAAGUUUUCCAGCACAAUUGUUCCUGCACGACCAUGGAUACCAUUUCUGAAAGAAAUCCGAGAUAAAAUAAGUGAAGUAACAAAACAUGAAUUCAACUUUGUUCUCAUCAACAGAUACAAAGAUGGUCAUGAUCAUAUGGGAGAACACAGGGACGAUGAAGAUGACUUGGUACCAGGACAUCCUAUAGCCUCCCUUUCACUCGGUCAGCCACGUGACUUUGUUUUUAGACAUGCAGACUCCAGGGGCAAACAUGCAAAGCGAAAAAUUGAUUCAAUAACAGUAGAGCUACAACAUGGAAGUUUACUUAUGAUGAACAAUCCAACUAAUACUUUUUGGUAUCACUCAUUACCACAAAGAAAAAGGUUAAUGAAUGUCAGGAUAAAUAUGACUUUUAGGAAAAUGACCCAACUAGCUAAACGAGACAUUUCUUGCUAAGUUGAUGUUGAAAGACCCUUUUUCCGAUACUCCAUAUUGAAAAUUCAGUAGAGAAUUCAAUUUCGUUAGAAUUUUUCAAUAACCAUGGUAGAUUGUAUUAACACUUCUUAAAUACAAUUUCUUUCUAGUA